CUCCCGCGGCACCCAGCCGGGCAGAGGAGGAGCCGUACGCGCCCGGAGCGCUCGGUCAUUCCCGGAGCUCGGCACCGAACACCCGGGUACCAUGGUCUGCACGACUCUCUUCGCUCUCUGCAUCUUCACGGCAGGGCUGAGGGUCCAGAGCCUGCCUACAUCAGGCCCCUUGCCUCUUUCUCUUCCGACAAACAUCUCGUUGACCGGCAUCUGGACAAGCUCUCCGCAAAGCCCCCCUGCCUCCCCGACCACUGGCACAUCCGUCUUCCCAGUUACGACCUCGGCUCCAACACCUACACUCCCCAAGAACGUUUCCGUAGAGCCCAGAGAGGAGGACACCAGCCUCCCGGCCUCUCACUGGGAACGCAAGAACACAGACCCCUCCCCAACAAGCGGGGGGCUGCACUUAACACCCACGCCCUCAGAACACAGCUCAGGCACUCCCAAGGCAAGUGUGCCACCCACAGGGUCGCAGUCCCCCUCUGAGACCCCAGCUCAGUCCCCCGCUGAGUCCCCCACGGAGUCUCCUGCACUCACCUCCCCUCAGGCUGCAGCCUCAUCACCUCCACCCCUGUCAACCUCACCCCCGGAGGCUUCGUCUGCCUCCUCUGCCAGCACCAACCACAGCUCUGCUGAGACCAGCCUCAAGCCCACAGGAGCCCCAGCCACACCAGAGUCCCCAGCAGAAGAGCACAGCUCUGACCACACACCCACUUCGCAUGCCACGGCAGAGCCUGUGCCCACGGAGACGACGCCCCAAGCGACAGUGCCGGCCAAAGUGACCUGUAUGCUGAUCGACGUCGAGACCACUGCCUCCCCCGGGGUGAUCAUGCAGGAAGUGGAGCAUGCUCUAAGUUCAGGCAGCAUCGCCGCCAUUACGGUGACUGUCAUUGCCGUGGUAUUGUUGGUGUUCGGAGUUGCAGCGUAUCUGAAGAUCAGGCAUUCCUCCUACGGAAGGCUUCUGGAUGAUCACGACUACGGAUCCUGGGGAAACUACAACAACCCUCUGUACGACGACUCCUAACGAAGGAACAUGGCUGGGAUGAGAAAUAACUGUUCUUUAUUUAUAAGUGCUUUCCCAGUAGAAUUAAUACAAGUACCUGAUGCGCAUCGCGCGACAAUCUUAAGCCCUGUUUUGUUGGUUUGGUUGUUUUGUUUUCCUCCCUCUCCUCUGGCUGCUGUAACUUCCCCUUUCUGGUACAAAAAGAAUCUUUGUUUUAAGGUGAGUGGAGGCUUAUCUGCAGCCAAAAUGGGCCAGCCUGGAGCCGGAGCCACAGGCCAGACCACCGUGGUGGAGGCUUCUGGACCCACCACAGGAUCCACUGGAAGAGGGACUGAGGGCCAGGGAUUGAGUUGUUUUGUGUCGGGGGUGGGGGGGGGGGGUUACUUUGGGAGGGACUUCUUGUUUGUGGCAUUUCUUAUACUUUUAUUUAGGAAAUUCUAUUAAAUCUCAGUGAGGGGCAAGGAAAUGAGUACUGGGAGGAUUUCGCCCUGCAAGUGAGGAAGCAGGGGCUGCUCGGAUUCCUUUUUAAUCUGUUUUUACCUAGUUGUAUCUGACAGGAUGCCUGCUUGGCUCUACAAGCUGGAUCCCGGCUUCUUCACUGCCUCAUUAAUGGAAGAGGAAACUAGAAGGUGACCUGGAGGAGGCCAGCAAGCCGAAGGACAGUAGCAUGUUGCUGUCAGAGCUCAGCGUGCCCUCUUAUCUGUUCUCCCCUCCAGGCCACCCAUCUCUGCUAAGGAUGCUCAUUCUAGUCGGCUGCGGCUGGGAUCGCGGCCCCCAGGCUCUCCGUGGGAGAGGGCUGUGACAUGAGUUUAGUUAUCGGAGAGAAAGGGGGAGCGUGUGUGCGAGUGAGCGUGCGGUGGGGCAGUGGGGGAGGCUGGGAGGGCAGGCUGGGAGCAGACAAGCACUGAGUGCCGCGUUAAGGAAACUAGGAAUCGGCCCUCAAUAACUGAGUCAUCCACUGCUUGGAGGGGCGUCUGGAAUCCUUGCUUUAUACCCAUGAAACAGCUGGUCCACUGCCUUCCGGUCUGUUGGUUAAUGGCUGUAAACUUUUUUUUUUUUUUUAAGGGUAAAGGCAUUAGUCUAUAUGCAGUUGUUCAGGGAGGCAAUUCCAUAGGAAACAGACACCAUGAGUAAUCCGUGCAUUCUUCCCAUACACUUACCUCACUAAUUCUGCCCUUUAAUUAAUGAGCACUCUUAGGUAUACAGUCUUAAGACCCUACAACUUGAAUUUUGAGAAGGAACCGAUCAUGUUUGCAUAUACCCAUUUAUUGCAGGGGUUCUCAACCGGCAGACAAUUUUGCGUCCCCCAGGAAACAUUUAAAAAUGUCUUGUGACAUUUUUUUGAGUGUCACAACUUGGUGUUCCUAGUAGGUAGGGGCCACAGAUCCACUAAACAACCUACAGGGCACGGGCUAGCCCACUGCAACAAAGAAUCAUCUGGCCCCAAAUGUCAAUAUUAUGGAGAAACCAUGAGUUACUGAAAUGCCCAUCAUUAACAAAACAGGACACUGCCAGAGUAGUAGUAUUUUUUCUUUUUAAUUAAAUGAAACAAUUUGUUAAAUUGUUAUCUAAAAAGUAGUUUGUUGGCUUAUGGAUUGUUUUGGCAUGCGUGGCUGGCUGUGUAUUUCUGUGUGUUCCCUAGAUAGCUUUAUUUCAUGGCUCAAACUCUAUCCUCCCGUAACACCUGAUGUUAGCAAAUGGCAUCUCAUGUCCUGAUUGGAGUGGGAAACUUCCAUGGUUUGGGAAACAUAAAUUGGGCCCUGUUUCAGAAUGUGUUCUGUUGUCCCACAGUGUUUUAAAGAACUUGAAAUGGGAGCAGUUUUUCUUUCUAAACUCGGACCUGCUGCCAUGGCUCUGUUUGGUUUCCAGAAACUUGACCCUCAGGUCAACCUGUCACUCGCUGUGGUCCAGCAAGUACUGACAUGAAAACCAUUGUUGCCACGCUAUUCACAGUUGCCAGGAGGGUUCCACUUUCCACAGCUUGCCAUCCCACACUCUGCAAAGAAAUUAUUCUUCUUAUUAACAAUUUAAUGUUUAUUUCAUUUUUGAGAGAGAGAGAGAGAGAGACAGAGCGUGAGCAUGUGAAGGGCAGAGACACAGAACUCGAAGCAGGAUCCAGGCUCUGAGCUGUCAGCACAGAGCCCGAUGCGGGGCUCGAACUCACGAACCGUGAGAUCAUGACCUGAGCCGAAGUUGGAUGCUCAACCAACUGAGCCACACAGACGCCCCUGCGAAGAAAUUAUUCUUAAAUUCCUUCCAUAUCAAAGGAGAAUGAGCAACCCCCAGAGGUAUUUUACAAUAGGACUAGGUAAUGAGAAGUAGAGUGCCAAGAAUUCUGGUAUCUCUGAUUUAAAAAAAAAAAAAAGUGGACAUUCUCAGAAAAAUGGCCAGGGAUGACCAGUGGUGCCCCCUCUGGCCGUGAUGGGCCUGAAUAGUUGUCUCUCUUCCCUACUCUUAUGCCCUUUAUAAAGCCUAGAGGCUCUCAGUUUAGCAAAGGACAAUUCAGUAAAAACAGGAUAUCCCUUUUAUUUUCUCCCUCCACAAACAUUUUGACAAACUGUCCAUGAAACACCUUCAAAGCGGUGCUCUUCUGGAUAAAUACUGGGUCAGUCAUUAUGCUGGGUCAGAGGGACCAACCUCUUCCCAGGAAAAGCUGACCAGUUAUGAACCACAGACUCAGUAACAUCUGUCCUAACCAAAGUCUUCUGUUGUUCAAGAGCGAUUGGUGGGUUUGUUGCUCCUGUUACUUUCCAAAUCCUUAUGGCAAAGGGAGAGAUCUGGACCUCAGGAAGAUCUGUUCAGCAAGGUGACAGCUUCCCAUAAAAACUCGAACACUCCGUGUUAUGUCAGUAUAAACUACCAUAGGUUGAACCUUAUUUUGCCAAGUGCAUUUUUUUUCUGAGUUGGCCAAAGAAUUUGAACAACUGUAUUCAACAUAGGUUGCUUAACAUACACACACACACACACACACCCCUGAAAUACAUGCUGAUAAUUGAUGCCUAGACAUCAGAGAGUCUGUUCAGGUCUACCCAAGGCAAAUAGCUUCAGCGGAUCUAAAGCAACCACAUUCCUUCCAGGAAUAGGACUAGGUCAAUAAAGCGAUAGAAUGUCAGAGCAGGAGGGAGGCAAGCAGCCUCUUCGAAACCACAGAUUGCAAAUGAUGAACAGUGGGAUCCAACUUUGUCUUCUUUUCUCCUGGCCCCAGUGAAGUCUCUUGCCCUCCCUGGAUGUCUGUCUUCAUUUCUUAAAUGAGGGUGUUGCUUUUACAUUGACCUCACCCCACACUACCUCACAAACGUGUUGUGAGGAUUAAUGAAACGAUGUCUAGUGUUUUCAGUUUCUGGAGAAAAGAUAUUUAUGGACAUUUAAAGUAUUAUGCAGAUAUAUAUAAGGGAUCUCAGUUUCAGUUUCUUGUUUGUUGUGAUACUGGUGUGUUAUUUUCACUUACAUCUAUCAAGCGACAGCUGUUAUCGUAGCCACAUCAGGCAGCUGUCACAGCUAUGAGCUACCCCCCGUGCUGCUGACUGACUGCAGGGUUAGCUGUGCCCAGGACCAGAAUGGUUUCUGUCUCCAAAUGAAAAGAUGUCCCAGGACAUAGGUCUCCCGGACUACUGAGUUAGGAUCCAGGAGGUUAGGGUAACACAGUACAGAUACCUGAGCACUAACAGCGGUAGACCUCUGGCCUUCACCACCCCGAAGUUGUUCUGGGUUCUUUACGGAGUUGAUUCUGGUUUGAAGUCAUCUGUUUGCCCUUCGUCUUGCUUGCAAGGGUGCAUGGUUCAAACCCUCACGGGUGGGAAAUGAAUUUUGCAACUGGGCCGUGUUGAUUUGCACGUUGAUUCACUGAUUCACCUUCUUUGCCUUUAACCUCCUGUUGGCAAAUGAAUGUACCAUUUCAACUUUGAUUUUAAAGCAUUAGUUGAUACUGGUAAUAGUGCUAACCAGAAGACCCAUGCCAGCUUGCUUUCUUGGGGUGAGUUAGCCAACAUCACUUAAAAGAUGGAAAGAUGUGCAACUUCUUUGAUAUUUGAUGUCAUUGUACCUACAUUUGUUGUAAGACAUAUUGCAUACUAAUUAUAUCAAUUAAAGUUGUUAAAAGCCUGCA